CCCUGGGGGUGGUGGCACCCCUGAUGGUGACACCCUGGGGGUGGUGGCACCCUGGUAUUGGUGACACCCCUGACAGCGGCACCCUGGGGAUGGUGACACCGUGGGGGUGGUGGCAUCCAGGGGAUGGUGACACCCCUGACGGUGCCACCCGGGAAAUAGGACAGGCGGUGACACAUCCCGGGAACGGCACCGCGGAGGCCGCGGGGACAAGGUGGGGACAGGGUGUCCCCGCUGUCCCCAUGCCCUCGCGGCUCCUGUCGCUGCUGCUGGCCCCGACGCGGCUCCUGCUGGCCCUGCGGCGGCUCCUGGCCCGGGGGGGACUCGCGGUGGCCGCGGUGGCCUCGGGGGUGGCCUUCGGCCUCUGGGGGGUGGCGCUGCUGCUGCGCCGGGGACCCCGCGCCACCUUCGGGUGGCACCGCAGGGCCGCGGCCCCGCCCGGGCUGGCCGAUGGCACCUUCGGGGAGCACCGGCACCUGCGGCUGCAGGGCUCGGGGCUGCGUCUCCACUACGUCACCCGGGGUCCCCCCGGCGCCCCCCUGAUGCUGCUGCUCCACGGCUUCCCCCAGAACUGGUUCUGCUGGCGUCACCUGAUGCAGGAGUUCAGCCCCCGCUUCCGCGUGGUGGCCCUGGACCUGCGGGGCUACGGGGACUCGGAGAAGCCCCCGGGCAGGGACAGCUACCGGCUGGAGCUGCUGCUCGGGGACAUCUGCGAGGUCAUCGAGGCCUUGGGGACGCCCCCGGGGGCGCCGCGCUGCGUCCUGGUGGGGCACGACUGGGGCGGCGUCCUGGCCUGGGAGGUGGCCUCGAGCCACCCGCAGCUGGUGGAGAAGCUGGUGGUGAUGGACGCGCCCCAGCGCGGCGUCAUGGCAGGUUUCACCGCCCGUCACCCGUCGCAGCUGCUCCGCUCCUGUUACAUUUUCCUGUUCCAGCUGCCCUGGCUGCCCGAGCUGCUCCUGUCCCUGGCCGACUUCCAGCUGGUGAGGACGUUCCUGACCAGUGUCCAGACGGGCAUCCAGGACCCGGCGUGGCAGCUCUCGGAGCAGGAACUGGACUCGUACCUGUUUGGGCUGUCCCAGCCCGGGGGGCUCAGCCCCCCCAUCCACUACUACCGGAACCUCUUCCGGGACACCCCGGUGCCCCGGGAGCCGCCCCCUUCCCCCACGCUGCUGCUCUGGGGGUCCCGCGACGCCUUCCUGGACCCGCGCCUUGGCCCCGCCCACCUGCGCUGGCUCCGCCCCCCGGCGCGGCUCCGCCUCCUGCCCGGCGCCUCCCAUUGGCUGCCCGAGGAGAGGCCCCGCCCCCUGGCGCAGCUGAUUGGAGAGUUCCUGGGGGGCGGGGACAAGGAGGGGCCGUAGCCACGCCCAGAGCGGGGGGUGGGCGGGGCGGGGUGGUCUCAACAUCUGGAAUUGAUCCCCACACCUGGGGGGGCCC